AUGCCAGAGCAGCCGAGGCCUUCUGCACGGCGUCUGAGCGGCCACUCGAGCUCACGGCGACCGCCGCGACUGUCUGCUGCCCCCGCUGCACCCUCGUCCGGCUCGACCGUCUGCGACCUCAGACGUCUCGAGAGCUACUGCCAGGCGUCGUCGCAGCGCUGCGCCGCCCUCGAACACUCGCUCGCACGUCUCGAGCACGACGUCGACGCCCGCAUCUCGCAGUGGGACGACCACCUCGCGUCCCUCACCUCGGUCGACGAGCGCGCAAAGCAGCUCACGGCCCAGCUCACGGCCCAGCUCGCCGCCCUGCGCACCGCGGCGGGCCCGCAAGUCGCUCAAGCCCGCAUCGCUGUCGGCGAGUCGCAGAGCCGCGUCAACGAGAGCGACGCCUCGCUCGACAAGAGCAUCGGUAACGUCGAGCGCGCUCGCCGCAAGCUCGACGAGUUACAGCGACAGUUCAAGGACAAAGAGGCGGCCCUCGAGCGCGCCGAGAGCUGGCUCAGCUGGCUCACCGGCCUCGCCAUCCUCCUCCUCGCAGUCCUCGCCGCCGUCGCCGCCUAUUUCGCCAACCUGCACCACAGCCUCUGAGCGUUCCCCUCCCUCGAGUCCAUCUCGCCGUUCCCGCCGUUCCCGGCGCUCUCCCUCUCUCUCUGUUCACGUGUCGUAUUUGUAGAAAGCAUCGUAUUCCUGCCCUGCAAUAGACCCGUCCCUCCUCG